AUCUCCCAACUCGAGCAGCGAUGUCCCAAAUACAAAGAGGCAAACGGAUGGUCAGAAUUCCGUAUGUUACGCUACUCAAGUCAACAAAUCUAUGGAUCCAUGGAAUCCGAACCUUAUGGCGUUUUGUAUAAUAAUAUCAACGCAUCGGAUAUUGACGGGUUCAAUCGGACGUUGGGACCCUUGUUGACUAACUUGAGCAGCCGUGCGGCUGCCGGAGGACCUCUUUUCAAAUAUGCGGCAGGUAACACGACCGGUCCGGGUUUCUUUUUGACAAUUUACGCUCUCACGCAGUGCACUCCCGAGCUAUCGCAGAAGGAUUGCAGCGAUUGUCUAACAAUGGCAAUCGGAAAGAUCGAUUCUGGCUGCUAUAGGAAGAUCGGAUACCGACUUCUACAAGCCGAUUCUAAUUUGAGAUAUGGGACCAGCCCAUUUUUUGCAGCAGUAAAAGACAUUCCUCAGCCGCCGCCGCCGCCGGAUUGUCUAACAAUGGCAAUCGGAAAGAUCGAUUCUGGCUGCUAUGGGGAGAUCCGUUACCAACUUCUACAAGAAAAAUCUAAUUUGAGAUAUGGGACCAUCCCAUUUUUUGCAGCAGUAAAAGACAUUCCUCAGCCGCCGCCGCCGCCGCCGCCGUCGUCUAGGUUGCCUCGGCGGCUGGCAUCUUUACCUUCUCCACCGGAAGGAAAUGGAAAUGGAAAUAGGAGCAACAAAACUCGAAUAAUCAUCAUUAUCGUCGUUGCUUCGGUUGUCGGCAUUCUGUUACUUGUCCUCUGCAUUUGGAUCUGUUUAAAACUCAGAAAUCCAAGGGAAAUUGUCGAAAAAGGAGAUGAAAUGAUCAAGGCCGAGUCUUUGCAAUAUGACUUAGCCACUAUUCGGGCCGCAACUAAUAACUUCUGUGAUGAAAAUAAACUUGGACAAGGAGGAUUCGGAGCGGUUUUCAAGGGCAAGCUUCCAGAAGGACAAGAAGUAGCCGUGAAAAGGUUAUCUAGUGCUUCUAGACAAGGAGACUUAGAAUUCAAGAAUGAGGUCCUUUUGGUGCCCAAACUUCAACAUCGGAAUUUGAUCAAACUCCUUGGCUUCUGCUUGGAAGGAGGUGAAAGGCUUCUCAUCUAUGAAUUUGUGCCAAACACAAGCCUUGAUCAUUUCAUUUUUGAUCCAAUCAAGCGUGCACAAUUAGAUUGGGAAAUCUGUUACAAAAUCAUCAAAGGCGUAGCUCGUGGCCUCCUUUACCUACAUGAGGAUUCUCGUCUUCGAAUAAUUCAUCGUGAUCUCAAAGCAAGUAAUGUUUUAUUAGAUGAAGAUAUGAAUCCUAAAAUUGCAGAUUUUGGAAUGGCAAGAUUAGUUGUAAGAGAUGAAACACAAGGAAAUACAAGCAGAAUUGUGGGAACUUAUGGGUACAUGGCACCGGAGUAUGCAAUGCAUGGGCAAUUCUCAAUAAAAUCAGACGCUUUCAGUUUUGGAGUAUUGCUUUUAGAAAUCGUUAGUGGACAAAAGAAUAGUUGUUUCCAAAAUGGGGAGAACAUAAAGGACCUACUAAGUUAUGCAUGGAAAAGCUGGAAGGAAGGGACAGGAUUAAAUCUCCUAGAUCCAACUUUGAGAAAUGGUUCAAUAGCUGAAAUGAUGAGAUGCAUCCAUAUUGGUUUGCUAUGUGUUCAAGAAAAUGUUGCUCAUAGACCAACCAUGGCUUCAGUUGUUCUCAUGCUUAGUGACAAUAUAAUUAGUCUCCCAGUGCCCUCUAAACCUGCAUUUUUUGUGCACAACCCCAUUGCAUCAAACAUGCCAUCCUCAUUUGGUCACAAUUCAUUGGUACAAGACUCGAGGAGAGCUGAGGAACAAUUAGUCCCCUUAAAUGAAAAUCUUUUGAGAUGGAUUUAUGUUGAAACCCUGAAAGGGAAAGGCUACAUAAAACUAGUACCCACCAGCUUCUUGGAUAACUGUUACGCUGCGUUUCCAGAGUUUCUUUCUCGAGUUAUUGCAACAGAGGAUAUGCCUGUACGAAAGAAUCAGAAGGUUUUGGAUGGCUCUGAUGUUGGUGAUAGGGAAGAUAGGAUCAGCAAGCUGCCGAAUGAGGUUCUUUCUCACAUAUUCUCAUUUCUCCCAACAAAAGAUGUUGUUAGAACUAGUAUUUUGUCAAAAAGAUGGAAAUAUUCGUGGACAUCUUACCCCAAUCUUGAGUUCACUGAUCAGUUUACAAUGACUAACGAUAUUGACUUCAACUGUAAGCUAGCCUGUUUCAAGGACUCUGUUGAUCAUGCUCUUUUUCAUCAUGCUGGAUCGGCUAUAGAAAAGUGUUCAUUUCAUUGCUAUACAGAGUUUAUUUCUCCAUAUUUGUAUGCAUGGGUUUGUGCUGUGUUAAGUUGUAAUGUUCAAGAGUUAUCCAUCAAAUCUAACCGUAUCAAGGUUAAUGAGUUGCCUCCAAGCCUUUUUACAUGCAGAACUCUAGUUGUUUUGGAAAUUGAUGGGGCGUUUGUGCUGAACCUUCCUUUCCAUAUUUGCUUCCCAUGCCUCAAAACUCUAUCGCUUGAGUCUGUGAUAUAUGGGGAUGACUUCUCAAUGCAAAGGCUCUUUUCUAGCUGCCCAGCUCUGGAGGACUUGGAAAUACGCAGGAAAGGAUGGGAUGAAGGUUAUGAGUACAAGAUGGAGAUCCAUGCCCCCUGUCUUGAGUCCCUUGAGCUUGUUGAUAGUGCAUCAAAAGUGUUUGCAGUAAAUUGCUCUAAUUCUCUAGUUAAAGCAGAUGUUGGUGGUACCUCUGGUCCAAAGAUUCUUAAAGAAAUCCCUCAGAUUAGGGAGUUAGAAUUAUCUGGCAAGGCCUUCAGGAGUCUUGGUAAUGUUUCAUCUUCCCCUCUGCCCAUUUUUCAUAAUCUGACCCAUUUGGAGCUAGGUGUUGAUAGCACAGGGUGGAAUUCUCUCUCAAAUUUACUCGCAAGCACUCCCAAUCUUGAAGUUCUUGUCUUUGCUGAGGGACUUUUAGCACCUGCAGAGUCUCGAAGUGGUUUCCAUAGCUUCUAUUGGGAUCCACCAGAGUCCCCCCCUGAGUGCCUCCUACUGCAUUUGAAGCAAAUUGAAAUAUACGAUUUUGUUGGGAGACCAUGUGAGCGAUUUCUCAUAAGGUAUUUGCUGGAGCAUGGAGAAGUUCUGGACAAUGUGAACAUUUGCUGGCAUGAUUUUGGUCCAAGGGCCAGAAUUAGGAAGGAGAUGAUAGAGUCCCACGAUAAAAUUUUAAGUUACUCUAGAGCUUCACCUACUUGUGAAGUUGAAUUCUUCGAGGGCCUUUUGGACUAGUCUAGACCUUGAGACUGAGCUUUGAAAGUGUCGUGUGCGUCAGCCUUUUGGAUUUUGAGCUACUCUGUGUCUGAUGUAAUCUGUUGACAUGAAAGUUCAGCAAACUAGUAUGUACCUUUUGUAUGAAAGAGAAAUAUCGAAAUUAUUUCUUCCGUUCCUUGAAUUCUUCGGAAGUGAAUUUAAAAAAACAUAAAUGAAUCACUUUAGU